AUGGUUUUGGAGGACGAAAGCAGCGACGACCAGUCUAGCCUCCCGUACAUGCAUUCUUCCUCCACAGACGGUCUCAACGAGCUCCCUUUUAGCCUUGAAGAUCCAGAUUACAAGGGGCUUGAGCUGGAUGUGAUGUCUCCAUGUGAGAAGCACGGCAUGGCAUCUGAGAGGCUUGUUGCCUUUGAAGGAACAGACACGGGCAGGCGGUUUUUAGCAUGUGCACAGCCAGCAGGUACCAAUUGUGGCUUUGUUGAAUGGGUUGAUCACCAGUGGCCCCCAACAAUGCAGAAUGCAUUGUUGAAGCUAUGGGCAAUGGUUGAAGAUGCCAAAACUGCUAGGGUGAAUGACAAUCUUGAAAGUUCUUUCACUAUCCACCAUCUGACAGAAGAGAAGAACAAGCUGGAGGCCAACUAUGACAAGCUAGUCCAAGAUGUGCAUGAGCUGAUGAACUUCCAGGAAGAUAAGGUGGUGGAUUUUAGACAUCUGCAGUCUGCCAUUACAUAUCAGCAGGAGGUAAGAAAAGAACUGAUUGAUGAUAUGAAGGCACAGAUGGCAAGUGAGAUGGCAAAGAAAGAUGCAGACCCAGAAACUUACUCAGAAGUAUGA